GUACAGGCCUCAUUAAGGAGUCCCCGCAGCGCAGGCCUCCAUCUCUGGGCGCCUUAAGGCGGAAGAGGCUGCACAGAGCGUAGGCAACGACAGGGGGCGCUGUGGGGCAACAGGAACAGAGGGCGGAGCACUGCGGAGUCAGCUGGUCUAGGCACAUGGCAAGGGCGCGACUGUUCCGGGCCCAUAGAGGCUGGAGCCAAAGUGGGGAUCUUAGGAGGGGAGUCGGACUCGACCGCUAGUUCUCACUGCGUGGGUCCCUGAGCCUCUUUUCACUCCUGGACGCGCUAAACCCAGACAAGGCAUCUUCAAGGCACUACUGUUUAUUUUCUCCUCCCUGUGCGCCUGGUAUUCUGGGUACCUGCUCUCAGAGCUCAUUCCUGACGUGCCUCUGUCCAAUACUCUCUACAACAUCCGAAGCAUCGGAGAGAGACCUGUUCUCAAAGGAAGGAGAGACUCCCUGAUGUUGCCAGAGGAUCAAGGAUAGAGAUGAGGCCCUGGAACAUACAUGCAUUCUCCCCAGCCCCCAAAAGACAAAAAUGUGACCAUUGGUCCCCAUGUCCUCCAGACACCUAUGCCUACCGGCUGCUCAGUGGUGGUGGCCGAGACAAGUAUGCCAAGAUCUGCUUUGAAGAUGAAUUGCUAUUAGGAGAGAAGACAGGGAAUGUGGCAAGAGGGAUAAACAUCGCCAUCGUCGACUAUGAGAUGGGGAAAGUGAUAGUGACAAAGUACUUCGAUAUGUAUGAAGGUGAUAACUCUGGUCCAAUGGCCGAGUUCAUCCAGAGCGCCCCUUCAAGAUCCCUGCUGUUCAUGGUGACUCACGAUGAUGGAAGCUACAAACUGCAGGCUCAAGCAAAGGAUGCCAUAGAAGCCCUUGGAAGCAAAGAAAUCAAGAACAUGAAGUUCAGAUCAAGCUGGGUGUUUGUUGCAGCAAAGGGCUUUGAGCUACCUUCAGGAAUCGAGAGAGAAAAAAUCAACCAUUCGGAUCAGUCCAAGAACAGAUACUCCGGCUGGCCAGCAGAGAUCCAGAUCGAAGGAUGCAUACCCAAAGGGCUGAGAUAACGCUGCUGGGACCUCAAUAAACGUGUUUUGUACAGAUA